AAAGCAGCAACUUUAGGGUUUUAUUUUGUAGAGCUGUGACUUUAUGUCUUACUUUUGAUAGACUUAUACUUUAUACCUGUUGACGCGCUCUCUUCCUGUGACUGUCGUCUCAUAAGCGUGUAAAUGUGGGCCUGUAUUUCAACAAUCAGCUGAUCUUUUUUUUUUUUCUUUUUUUUUUUUUGCGCCAUCCGGACCUCAAUGCUCGGCUCAAUGUUCCUCUACACACGGAGACGUCCAGGAUGAUGUUUUACUAGAAUUACCUGGACCGGGAGACGAGCUGAUCGGUGGGAUGAAGGAUCGACUGGCAGAACUGACUGCUAGCAACACACAGGCAGAGGAGGAUGUUGCGGUCACAGUGGACAGAGACGGCUUCAUGGAGAGCUUUUUCAGAAGGGUGGAAGAAGUGAGAGGACUUAUUGACAAGAUCUCCUACCAAGUAGAAGAGGUGAGGAAGAUCCACAGCAUGAUCCUGUCUGCGCCCAACCCAGAUGACAGAACAAAGGAUCAACUGGGUGCGCUGACCAACGAUAUCAAAGGCAACGCCAACGUGGUGCGAACCAAACUAAAAUCCAUGGAGCAGAGCAUGCCCAAAGAUGAUGUAGCUAACAGAUCCUCUGUUGACUUCAGGAUCCAGAAGACACAGCACACUGUGCUGUCCAGGAAGUUUGUGGAGGUCAUGACCCAGUACAACGAGACUCAAGUGUCCUUUCGGGAGAGAAGCAAAGGAAGGAUCCAGAGACAACUGGAGAUAACUGGAAGAGUGACCACCAACGAAGAACUAGAGGACAUGUUAGAAAGUGGAAAUCCUUCGAUCUUCACAUCUGAUAUCAUUUCUGAUUCCCAGAUCACACGUCAGGCCUUAAAUGAGAUCGAGUCCCGACACCAGGACAUCAUGCGUUUGGAGACGAGCAUCAGAGAGCUGCACGCCAUGUUCAUGGACAUGGCAAUGCUGGUGGAAACUCAGGGCGAUAUGGUCAACAACAUUGAGAAGAACGUCUCCAAUGCAGCCGAAUACAUUUGUAGCGCAAAGGAAGAGACCAAAAAAGCAGUGAGAUACCAGAAGAAAUCCCGGAGGAAACUUCUCUUCCUCGCAAUGUGCGGAGGUUUCCUGCUUUUACUCAUCAUAUUAGUUGGAGUCUUUGAGUAAUGGAUUUCAUGGUUCACAACCUCACAGCAACCAGCUGCUCCUGUAGUGAUGAAGCUUUGACCAGCUUCAUAAUAAGACUGUCAUUCACUAUCCAGCAGCAUUACAGAGACCAUCUCUAGAGAAUGAUCAAGUAAGUACUGUAAAAUGUGUGCGGCAGUAACACCAGACCUCUCGGUACACAGCUCUGUACAGCUAGAAUAUAAAGGCCAGACAGACAGCUCAUCAGAUGUAUCCCCUGGCGUAUAUUCUGUAUUGCUGCCACUUUCUCAUGUUGGAUGUCACUUUCUUGUGCUAAUGAUUUUAAAGGAAUAGUUUGACCUUUUGUGAAAUGAUUUGCCCUCCUAUUGCGAGUUAGAUGAAAAGAUACAACUCUCAUGUCUGCAGUAGCUAAACUAAUCUAGCAGGCUGCUUUCUGCUGCUUUAUAUUUACCACACAGACAUGAGAGUGUCCGGUUUUCAAUAUACAGU